AUGCAAGCCUACACAGAGUUGACAAUGGCGCCAAUCAAGGAGGAUGAGUCGGAAGGCCAUCAAAACAACACUGAAUCAAUUGGUAAGUCUUCCGACCUUCACCUUCACACCAUCAUUGAAUUGCAGCUUACAAUCUGGAAGCCCUUGUUCUUGCUCACCACCAAACCACCUCCUACCAUCGCUGGAAGCAACGAAACCCUCAGCUACUUCGUCAUCCUGAAUAUACAGUCAGGCCAAUAACGACUAAAUCGCAAAUCGCAAAUCGCAAAAUGGAGUUGAACCAAUUGGUUCAUUCGUCCAGAUUCUCAAAAGAGAAUUUCAGGUACAUCUCCCCUUCCUUUUUCUCCCUAUACUUUCGUCCUGGACUAUCAACUAACCAUCCUUCACUGCAGAUGUUCGGAACCUUGCUUCCUGAUCGGGGGAAUUUUUGAUUGCUUCCAUUACCCUUAGGAUAGGGGAGAGUUCAACUCUUCCUCUAUUCAAGAGGGUUCGUCAAGUCUCUACAAAGAGGCUUGGCCUGGUCCUCUCUUUCUAGAGUGGCCAUGCCAAGAAGUUGGUGAAAAGAAUAGAGGGGGAGGAGGAGGCGGGCUGGACACCCGAGACAAUGGCAAGCGCUGGAGUUGCGAAGGAGCCUGGCCUACGGCCUUGUUAUUGACAAUUUUACGUUCCAGUCUCACUCAUGUUGGUUUUAUCAAAGUUUGA